AUGGCUUUCUCACGGGAAGGGUUCACUGUGGACGUCAUCGCGAGAUGGAUGAAGAAAUCAGUUCUCAACCCAUUUUUGUCCAUUCCAUUUGCAGCUUACUUGGCGCUUGCAUCAUCGAAAAGCUUCGGAUCUGCCGGUCUCCCUGGGCUGAGAGCCGACAGCAUUCAACGCCUUGUCUACCUCACAGCACUCGCAGGGUUUGUCCUUUCAACAACCGAGUAUCUCAACAAAUGGUCUGCCAACAACUGGACAACAGACAACACAUGGGAUUGGGAUAAGGAAAUCAUCGUUGUAACUGGAGGAAGCGGCGGUAUCGGCGCCAGCAUCAUCAAGCACAUCUUGGCCCGCAACCCAAACGCCACCAUCGUUGUCGUCGACCUCGCGCCGUUGUCGUGGGAACCUCCGCGCGGUUCCAGGGUUCACUACUUCAAGUGCGAUCUUACCGACACCGCGGCUCUGAAAACCUUAUGCACACUCAUCCGGACCCAGGUGGGAGACCCGACGGUUCUCAUCAACAAUGCAGGAAUCGCCCGCGGAGUAACCAUCAUGGAGGGCUCGUACGCAGAUGUUGAGCUCACCAUCAAGACCAACCUCAUCGCACCGUUCCUGUUGACAAAGGAAUUUCUUCCUUACAUGGUUCGCCGCAACCAUGGUCACAUCGUCAGCAUCGGAUCAAUGAGCUCUGUCGUGCCUCCGGUCAGAAUUGCGGACUACUCCGCGACCAAGGCUGGGCUCACGGCUAUGCAUGAGUCCCUCCAGCUGGAAUUGAAGUACAUUCACAAGGCCCUCAAAGUGCGUCAGACACUGGGAAUCUUCGGCUUCAUCCGAACGCCGCUAGUCCAGUUCAACCCUGGUCAACCUCACUUCGUUAUGCCUCUACUCCAUGUAGACACUGUUGGUGAGGCAAUCGUGGACGGCCUUUACAGCGGAUGCGGAGGGACGAUCUACCUACCUCGUAUCAUGUCUCUGGUCACCGCCUUGAGAGCCGGGCCAGAAUGGAUUUGGCGCCUUGCUCGGGAGACUACUGCCAGCGCGAAGGACAUACCCUUCACACCGCGUCAGAAGAUCGAUGAGAAAACUGGUCUUUUCGACUUGGGAGAGGCUAAUAAGGUAGAGGUCAACGGUGUAAACGGGGGAGGAUUCUACAGCCAGUUUGCCUGCGUCGGCACUGGAUUCUCUGGAAUCGGACUCGGGGCGACGUUGAGAAGAUGGUAUAAUAUUGGCGACAUCCGCUUCUUCGAAAGGAACGAUGACCUUGGCGGAACCUGGCUCGUGAAUCAGUACCCAGGUUGUGCAUGCGAUAUUCCAAGCGCGCUGUACAGCUUCUCGUUUGAGUCGAAUCCGGACUGGAGUCGCGUUAUGCCACCACACGAUGAACUAUGGCGAUAUCUCGACCGCGUUGCAAGGAAAUACUCACUGAGAGAUAAGAUGACCUUCGGAGUCAACGUCCAACAAUGCGAGUGGUCGGAAGCUCGUCAGCGCUGGCUAUUGACCAUACGACGGUCUAAGGACAACAGUGUUUUCACUCAUGAGUGUCAAUUCCUUUUCACAGCGACUGGUCAGUUAAUGCAGCCAAGACCUCUUGAUAUUCCAGGAUCGGAGAGGUUCAAGGGCUACAUCACCCACUCAUCGCGUUGGGACAAGAACGUUGAUAUCACUGGGAAGAGGGUCGUGGUGUUUGGCAACGGCUGCACAGCUUCACAGAUUGUGCCGGCGAUCGUAGGCAGUGCCAAACGCGUCGUCCAGGUCAUCAAGACGAAGCACUGGGUCUUACCGUCGGUUGACUCAGCAAACACGAAUUUCAUGAAGACUGUAUUCCGCAAGAUACCGGGAACCAUGAAGAUCCAACGCUUUCUAAUUUUCGCAUUCGCGGAAGACAAUUUGCGUGGAUUUUACAUGACGGAGUCAGGGACACGGUAUCGCAAGCGGGCUCAGGCGCAGGCGGAAAGAUACAUGAGAGAGACAGCGCCGGCGAAAUAUCACGACAAACUCAUCCCGGACUUCGAGUUGGGUUGCAAGCGUCGCAUCUUUGACUCUGGGUACUUGAAGAGCUUGCAUUCGGAAAACUUUGACUUGGUGGAUGAUCCAGUGCUCGAGAUCGUCUCACAAGGAAUCCGAACCAAGGACGGCGUCAUCGAAGCUGGCAUAAUUGUGGUUGCGAAUGGCUUCGUGACGAAUAACGCCGUUGGUGGUUUGAAGGUUAUCGGUCGUAGUGGGAACACGAUCGAUCAGCACUGGGAGUCUAUGGGCGGACCGGAAGCAUACAACUGUACCGUUCUGUCCGAUUUUCCAAACUUCUUCUGUCUUCUCGGCCCCAACUCUCUCACUGGCCACAAUUCUGCGAUCAUUGCUGCCGAGAACUGCAUCAACUACUCUCUACGCAUUAUCAGGCCAUUGCUAGAAGGCAAAGGCACGAUUGUCGAGGUCAAGCGAGAUUCUGAACAGGAAUAUGUGAACCAGAUGCAGAAAGAUAUGCAGAAUACGGUCUGGUUCACAGGAUGCAAUAGUUGGUACUUGAGGGGCUCAAAGGAAGGGAGGAAGUGGAACGGGUCGACUUAUCCUUACUCUCAAGUAUACUUGUGGUACAGGUGCUUGUUUCCCAAGUUCGAUGACUUGGAGAUACGCGGACCGUCUCAUCCCAGUCAGGUGAGGCGAAGAACUUGGCGGAAACCGGCAUUGUUGGCGGUGAUGGGAUACAUUAUGUCCAUUGUUUUGGGCGUCAAUCGGAACCCCGUUACGAAUAAUCGCUAUUGGCUGCAACUUCGAGUAAUUGUGCAGUUGCUACGGGCCAUGCUUAUCAUGAAGUUGCGCAAGCUUAUCGGGGGAAAAGAGUAG